CAUCGGCCGCCGACUGCCUUCUCGCUAUGGUUCUGCGCCAGAACAUGCCUAUUUUGCUUUGAUACACCCUUAAAGCACUCUGCACAUACUGCUACUUACUAUCUCUGCAUGGUCUACUAUGCUGGCUCACGGAUCUUUGUAUUCUGCAGAAAACCUCAUGCCCACGCCGACAUCGACCCCGCCGCCGGGGCUGCGAAAGCGGUCGCGGUCGCCAACCAGUGAUUCCUCUGGAUCGAGCGGGAGUCGGAGCGGCAAGUCGAAACGAAGACUUUUGGACUCUUUCACCAGGCUUACCAUAGAUAAUCAGCGUGAUGCGGGGUACACACCUACACCCCCCGGCAAGAAGAAACAAGAGCCGAUCCUGCACUACGACUACUGGGACAUGUCCAAGCCGCCAACACCGUCGACCUCCACAGACGACCUGGCCGAGCGCAUGGACACCUCGAACGCGCACACCGUCUUCAUCUCGUCCUUAUCGACCUCGUCCUCAUCCGACGACGACGACGACGGACUCGAUUCCGGCGCGCUCAACGGCGGCGGGCGGUACGUGCUUGCGCCGGACGUCGAGCGGAAAAUAAGACAGCUUCCGUACUCGCUCUUGCGCAGGAAAGCAGCCGAGUCGGGGUGGGCGGGUCCCGUGCCUGCUCAGGUGCCGUUGAAGGAGCAGGAGACUGGGAUGGUGCUCUAUCGGCCCAAGGAGCAGGUUAUCGCCGAGAGUAUGGCGAAACAUGUAAAUACAAAACAGACUAGAAAGGAUCGGCGGCUGCAGCAGCAGCAGGCUAUCGACCCCGACGAGAUGGCGGAUUGGGGCGAUGACGAGCGGGAGGAUGGUGAGGACGCUGAUGAUGACGGGGCGGGGGGAUUGAUUGGCGAGGAGAAUGAUCUGAUGGAGAUAGACUGAUUUGUUAUCUCUGCGGUCAUGGAGUUGAUUGUAUGGUGUGGUGUUGCAGGCGUUCAUUUCAUUUAUAGCUUGAGAUCUUUGUUUUAGUUGAGUUGUUUA